CAUUACUGAAGUGUGGCCAUUUGCUUAAUUUGUUUUUUUUUGUUUGCCUUUUCCAUGCUCUAAACAAAACCCACCCACACACAUGCACGCGCUAGCACUCACAUAUGCACAGCAAGAGAGAAAGAGAGAGACUCGCCGCAGUCGGCAUUGCUGCUGCUGCUGCUGUGACCAUGAAAAAUGCCAGCGAGAAAUUUGCGAAAAUCAAUGAAAACCCCAAAUAGCAGCAAAAGUGUAACAACAACAAUCCAAAAUAAAAUAUAUAUAUAAAUAUUGCAAAUUAAGUGAAAUUCAAGGCGAGUUCGAGUUCGUUAUGCUGCGCUGCCUACACAAACGUUAAGACUAUUUACUCCCCCCUCCCUGUAAACCUCGCAAGCUUCGUUGCAGCUUCAUAAACACAGCUGCCAUAACAAAAGCAACAACAACAACAAUAACAAUAUGGAUGGUCAACGUGCUCGCGAUUUGCUGACGCUGCUGCAGGAGCGCGUUGUCUUUCUAACUGGCGGACGCGAUAGGCGUGGCGGACCGUUGCUUUGCUUUCCCGCAACGCCGCGUCGAGAUCGUCUCAAGCCGGAGGAUUUGCGUCGCCUGCUCAGCUACUUGAUUAGCAUACCAAGCGAUGCGGCCAAGAAUCUCGGCUUCACAGUCAUUAUUGAUAUGCGUGGCAAUGGCAACUGCUCGACGAACGUCAAGACUAUACUAAAGGUACUCCAGGAGAACUUUAGCGCCAAUAUACACAACGUGGUCAUCAUCAAGCCAGACAACUUCUGGCAGAAGCAACGCGCCAGCAUCAGUUCGAAUAAAUAUAAAUUUGAGACGCAGACAAUAUCGAUCGAGGCGCUCAACAAGAUUGCGGAAACGCAUCAGCUGACCGCAGACUUUGAUGGCCAGCAGCCGUACGAUCAUCAGCAGUGGACGGACGCACGGCUGGCCAUUGAGGAUUUCUUUUGGCAGGCCGGGGAUAUGGCCGAUCGCAUUGAUGAUCUGCAGGAGGAUCUCAAUCGCAACGACUUUGCCGAGAACGUGAGUCUGGCACGCCAGGCCAUUGAUCAUCACAACGAAAUGCGCAAGAAGAUAACCAAACUGCCCAUCGAAGAUCUCGAUAUGCAGGGCAAAAAGCUAUUGGCCAAAAUCAAUAUGAGUGAAACUUUUGUUUUUGCGGGCCAAGCAGCACAGAACGCUGCUGUUGCGGGCAACUCGGAUGGCUCGGACUCGGGCACCUCCAAUGCCACCUCACGCGGCGGCGGCGGUGGCAACAGCAACAACAACAAUCCGGAUAUGUCAGCUGCCGUUAAUAAGGCAUUGCGACAAAUUGACCUCAUACACACGGGCCAGGAGCGUUUGCUAAUGCUCUGGCAGCACAAGAAGGUGAAGCUGGAUCAGUGCUUCCAGUGGCGCCUCUUCGAACAGGACUGUGAGAAAAUGUUUGACUGGAUUCUGCACAAUCGUGAUGUGUUCCAAAUGAGCUAUGUGGAAAUUGGACACAACUAUUCGGUGGCCAAAUCGCUGCAGGAUGAGCACCAAAAGUUCGCUGUAGCCUCCAUGAAUGUGAACGUGAACAUUGAUCGCAUUUUGGCGGUGGCGGCGCGUUUGAUUGAGAGUCAACAUUAUGCCGCGCAGCACAUAAAGACGCUGGCGCAGCGUCUGGAUCGCACUUGGAAGGACUUUGGCGCUGGCCUGGACGAGCGCACGGCUGUGCUGCAGCUGAGCGUGCUGUUCCAUCAUAAAGCUGAGCAGUACUGCAAUAGUGUGGCCAGCUGGGCGGCAGCCUGUCAAGCCUCGCAGCCACUGCCCUCGGACAUACAGAGUCUGGAGACGGCCAUACGCACGCAUCAGUCGCUGUACGAGGCCAUGUGCCAGGCCUACACCGAGGUGCACUCGACCAGCAAGAAGCUGCUCUAUCAGCUGGACCAUUUGGUGCAGGUGUGCAACCAGCCGCCGCCACCAGGUGUGCCCGAUCAUCGCAAGAACAGCAACAACAGCAACUACAAUAAGUUCGAGCGCCAGAAUCCAGCUGCGGACUAUAGCGAGGGCGCCAGUCAUGUGCUGGCGGUGAUACAUCAAAUACUGGGACAUCAUCGCACGCUGGAGGCCAAAUGGCAUCAGGAGAAGGUGCGUCUGUAUCAGACGCUGUCGCUGCGUCUCUUCCAGGAGGACGUCAAGCAGGUGCUGGACUGGCUCAAGAACCAUGGCGAAGUCUUUCUGCGCAAAAACACGGGCAUUGGCCGCAAUCUGCAGAAGGCGCGCGUCUAUCAGAAGUCGCAUCAGCAUUUCGAAAACGUAGCUCAGAAUACGUACAGCAAUGCAGAGAAGCUGCUGGCGGCAGCGGAGGAGCUGGCACGCAGCGGCGAGGCGGACCCCAAUGAGAUUUACUCGGUGGCGCGUGAGCUGGAGCUGCAGGUGGGCAUCUUUGCGGAACGUGUGGAGCAGCGGCGACGUCGACUCGAGAUGGCCGUCAUAUUCUAUACGCACGAGAAGGAGGUGAGCGCUUGGAUUGAGUCCUUGCGCACGGAUGUGAGCACAGAUGAGACGCGUCUCUCGCAGGAGAAUCUCGAGGGCAUUGAGCGACUGCUGCAGCAGUACAGCGAUCAGCAGGAGAGCACUGUCAAUGCCUGCAUGACUAUCAUAGCGCAGGGCGAGGCGCUGCUGCAGGAGAUGCGCUCACUGGAGUAUGUGGACAAUACGGGCUCGCUGGCCGCCUUGGAGACCACACUGGAGAAGCUGAGCAAGCAGAAGGUGGAGGUCGAGGAGCUCUGGUCGGCGCGCAAAUUUCGCGCUGAUCUUAUACUGCAGCUGCGCUACUUUGAACGCGACGCCAUGGAGCUGUCCUCACAGCUGGAGAUCUUCAGCGAGGAUCUGCAGCAUGCGGACUUGUCGCGCGACUAUCAAAAGGCCGAGCAGCUGAUACGCAUGCACAACGAGUCCGUCACCGACAUCCAGAAUGCCACCUAUGCUGUGCUGCAGCAGGGCCAAGAGAUGCUGCAGCUGUUCGAGAAGUCUGGCUUUAUAUCGAUGGCGGAUGCCACACACACUGCCCAGGCGCGCAUCGAGUAUUUGCUGGACUUUUUGCGUGAGCGUGAAAUUGAUCUGGAGGAGCUGUCGGAGGCCAAGCGCGCCAAGCUGGAGCAGGCCGUGCAGCUGUGUCAGUUUCAAAACGAUGCCAAUCAAGUCAUCUCCUGGAUACGCAAUGGCGAGGCCAUGCUCGUGGCCAGCUUUGUCACUCCCAAUAGUCUGCAGGAAGCCGAACAGCUGCGCAAGGAGCACGAGCAAUUUCAGAUUGCCAUUGAGAAGACGCACACGUCGGCGGUGCAAGUAAAAUAUCGCGCGGAUGCUCUGAUCAAUGCCAGUCACUAUGACCCGCAGUCCAUACGCGAGAUUAGCGACGAUGUGACCAAGAAGUGGCAGCAGCUGGUCACCUAUGCCGAGGAGCGCCACAAGCUGGUGACGGCCUCCAUAAACUUCUACAAAACGGCCGAGCAAGUGUGCUCCGUGCUGGACAGUCUGGAGCGUGAGUAUCGGCGCGAGGACGACUGGUGUGGCGGCGGUGGCAGCAGCGACAAGGCGCAGACUAUAGUGCAGCUUAUCUCGAAGCAUCAGGAGCAGAAGGAGGCGUUCCUCAAGGCCUGCACACUGGCGCGACGCACUGCCGAGACAUUCCUCAAGUACGCGAAUCGUUCGCAGCAAUAUUAUCAAUACACGCAAGGGAAUUGCGAGGCGCACGUGAAGAGCAAGCUGGACAAGCUGCUGACGCAGGAGAACCAAGUGUUGGACUUUUGGACGCUGCGCAAGAAGUCGCUCGACCAAUGCCAGCAGUUUGUCUUGUUCGAGCGCAGCGCCAAGCAGGCCAUUGAAUGGAUACACAACACGGGCGAGGGCUACCUGUCGUCGCGCACCAAUCUGGUGGGCAUAAGCAAGGAGGAGACCGAAUGCUUGCUCAAGGAGCACAACGAAUUCCGCAGCACCGCCAAGGAGACGCGCGAGCGCGUCAAGUUGCUCAUACAGCUGGCCGACAGUCUGAUGGAGAAGGGACAUGCGCAUGCCAGCUCCAUCAAGCAGUGGGUGGCUUCUGUUGAUUUGCGCUACAAGGACUUUAGCAACCGCAUGGACAGCUACUGCGAGCAGCUGGAGAAGUCGCUGGGCAUGUCGCAGCAGCAGCUUAUGCUGCAGCACGAAUCUGAUGCCAAUAGCUCCAUAAGCAGCGCCUCGGGUGCCAGCAGCAGCAAUGAUCGUCACUCGGAUCCCACGCUGGAGGCGAAGCUCACGACCUCAGCCAGCUCAGCGGCCAGCAAGGAGAUCAACGAGGAGAAGCGCAAGUCCGCGCGGCGAAAAGAGUUCAUCAUGGCGGAGCUGAUGCAAACGGAGCGUGCCUAUGUCAACGAUCUGGCCACCUGCAUCAAGUGUUUCCUCGAAGAGUUUCGCAGCGGCCGCAAUGUGCCGCCCGCCCUGGUGGGCCAGGAGGACAUCAUCUUUGGCAAUAUACGUGAGCUGUAUCAGUUUCACCAAAAGAUCUUUCUGCGCGAGCUGGAGAAGUAUGAAACCAUGCCGGAGGAUGUGGGCCAUUGCUUUGUUACCUGGGCCACCAAGUUCGAUAUGUAUGUGCACUACUGCAAGAACAAGCCGACCUCCAAUAAUCUGCUCGUCCAGCAUGCGGGCAACUAUUUUGAGGAAGCUGCAGCGUCGCCUUGAGGUAGAGCAUCCGCUGCCGGCGUAUCUAAUAAAGCCCGUGCAGCGCAUCACCAAAUAUCAGCUGCUGCUUAAGGAUCUGCUGUCGUGCUGCGA